AUGUAUCUUUCCAGUUUUCUCAUCGUGACCAUCACCCCCGUCAACCCACUGCUAGGUGCAUCGGACAUCCCUACGCUACAUGCUACAGUGCAGAACACGGCUCAGCACCCUCUGACCAUCCUCACUUACAACUCCUUGCUCGACAACGCAGCUGGAGUGUUGGGCAUCAUCCAUGUGACCGAUACCUCUACAGGAGAGGAAGUCCCCUCCGACGUUGUCCAGUUCCAAAGAGUCUGGCCACCACCAAAAGAUGCUUUCGUCGAGAUCGCACCGGACAGCCAAAUCGAGGUCGACAUACCCUUAAGAACACACAAAUUGGAAGCAGGCAAGAAAUAUGAUGUUGUUGCCAAGUGGACAUGGCAGGGUCUGUGGGAAGGAAGCGUUGACGCUGCGAUGCAAGUGCUCUCCACGGGUGGCACUGCGGCUGAGGCGGGGAACGGUGCUACAGCCGAGGUCAAAAUGGACGGCGUCUUUGAGGUCAAGGCAGAGGUCAAGGCACCUUGA